UUUCUCCAUCAGACCUGUUUGCUGAGAAGAUGAAGUGUGCAAACUUGGCUGUGCUGCUGGCCUUUCUACAAAAUGCCAUUGCACUGAAUGCAGCCACCACCACGCUCCAGAAUGUGGCUACACCUCUUCCUACCCUGGUGGAAUAUCUGACAGAACCUCAGGCCACACUCAGCAAACCUCAGUUCAUGCCAGAGCAUAAUGAGGCCGAACCUCAGAGGAGGCCAUUUGCCAAUGUAACCGGCUCUUUGAAUGAAAAUGGAGUAUGCCAGUGCUCAGUGUACCUGCCAGACACCACAUUUCCUGUGCAGAAGGUCGAGAUGCUGGAAAUCACAGCCCGAGUGCUUUCUGAGAAAUUUGAAAUAGAACUUAUUAAAGUUAGCCAAUAUACCAAAGCAAUUGAAAUGUAUGAACUGAAAAUCCGAAACCUAACCAUCAAGGUGCAACAUAUGGAGUCAACCAGUGUUUCUUACACUGAGUUGGACUUUCAGUUACUGAAACUGGAAAUCAAUGAAAUGCAGAGACUGGUCACUCAGCUGAAAUCCACGCUUGUUGGAAGCAAUGUGAUUGUUGAACAACUAUAUGUAGAGAUUAGGAAUCUGACUCUCAUGGUAAAUGAUCUGGAAUCACUGGACAAAAACAAUAUCCUUGCAAUCCGUCGAGAAAUUGUGACACUGCAGAAUCGAUUGAAGGAAUGUGAAAAGGAUAGAAAUCAAACCACUCCACCCUCCUAUUUCCCACCAGGUAGCUGUGGUCAUGGUGGAAUUGUGAAUAUCAGCAAGCCCUAUAUUGUACAGCUGAACUGGAGAGGAUUUUCCUACAAAUAUGGUGCCUGGGGUAGGGAUUACUCUCUUCAGACCCCAGAGAAGGACCUAUAUUGGGUUGCACCUUUGAACACAGAUGGGAGACUCUUGGAAUAUUACAGACUUUAUAAUUCCUAUGAUGAUUUGCUGCUAUUCAGAAACGCUAGAGAAAGCAGAACGACAUACGGGGAAGGCAGUGGCACUGCAGUUUACAAUAAUUUCAUGUAUUAUAAUAUAUAUGGUUCAAGAGAUAUGGGCAAGCUCAAUUUAAACACAAACACCUUAGCUUUGAGGAAAACUCUGCCCAAUGCUGCUUAUGGUAACCGUUUCUCUUAUGCUGGUGUUACGUGGCAAGGUAUGGACUUUGCUGUGGAUGAAAGUGGAUUAUGGGUAAUUUAUUCAACUGAAGAAAGCACGGGUAACAUUGUGAUUAGCAAACUCAAUGAUACCACACUUGAUGUGCUCCAUACUUGGAAAACAAGGCAGUACAAGCCAUCUGUUUCCAAUGCUUUCAUCAUAUGUGGUGUUCUGUAUGCCACAAGACCUGUCAGCACUAGGAAAGAGGAAAUAUUUUACAUGUAUGACACCAACACUGAACAGGAAGGCAAAAUUAGCAUAAUUAUGGACAAAAUGUUAGAAACAGUUCAGAGUAUUAACUAUAACCCCUCAGACCAAAUCCUGUAUGUUUACAACGAUGGCUACCUUGUUAAAUACAAUCUGAUUUUUCAACCUAUGUUACCCUGAUAUGAAUAUACAGAACAGCUAGAGAUCAUAGAAAGUCCCAUUUUAUAUCUCCGUGGACAAUGUUAAUAUUAGACUAGAGGAUCUAAUCCUACCAAGAGUAGCUACUGGGCAUAGGGUUUAUUACCAUGAGCUGUCCCAUUGGAGGGAUUACUUACAUUAAUAACCUCUAUGCCUGGUAAUAACUAGUUGCAAGAUUGGGUUCUUAGCUUUUUAACUGGUGUUUAGAUAUAAUGGUGAUGGGUGUACUAGAAAUGACCUUGAUAUAAAGAUAAAUAGAUGACUUCUUGAUGGACAGAAUAUGCAUAGCAAUAGAGAAAUUGCUCACACACUGAUGUGCAUUUGGAGGAAUGUCUUUAUUUAGAUAACACAUGGAAACUGAACUGCUGUUUCAUCAUCUUUGCUCAAAGUAUGGAAGGCCAUAAAUAUAUUAAUCAUUGACCUCAAAUAAUUACUAAAAGAUUAAAAUUAGAGGAGAAUUAAGACUUGAUCUUUAAAGAGCAGACCAUCGGUUAAGAUGAAGCUAUGGAAAUGGUUGCCUUGCCAUGCCAUGCCUUCCUUGCAACCCAUCAAUGUAUUUUAGAUGACAGGACUCCAAUGCACUACUUUCCUAAAGUUGCACUCCAGGGGAAAAAACCUUACACUAUUUUUGGAUGGUUUCAUUUUCUUAGCACUGUGUCCUGGGAGCAUGAUCCAUAGCCCAUUGAAAGCAAUGAGUUCCAUUGACUUUAAUAGUCUCUGGCAGUCCCAUGGUAUAUGCCAUAUGAUGCAACAGAGCAGAAACUAUGCCACCCUACAUGCUUCCAUUUGGCAUUCUGCAAUUUACUAUGACCUCCAUUAGCAUCUUUCAAAAACACUCCGAAAACAAGGAGCCAAAAUUUAUUUCCAGUAUAACUCCAUUGGCUUCAAUUAUUGUACAUUGGAGAGUGAAUCUAGCACGUGAUCUGUCAGUUACAGAAUAUUGAAGUUGGGACAAAAUCAGUCAUAUGCUCUUUAUUUUUAAAAUGCCACAUGAUUUUUUUUAUCAAUAUCUGAACUGUAAUCAUGUCAGAAAUACUGACAUGUACAAUUAUGAAAAUGCAGUGAAUGUUUGCUGGUUUUCUUUUAUUAAUCCUAUCUUUGUCUUCUUAUAAUCUGGAUCAGUAGAUGUGAAUGAUUAAUUUUUGUUUAAUAAAGUGUUCUAAAAAUCCAAA